AUGGCUUCUAAGAAGUCUACAUCAGAUAUACAUGGUGAGUAUUCUCAUUGUUAUUUGUAUUUUACUAUUGUUUUCCCAGUAAUGUUUACUUACCUGUUGUGUUCAGUGUAAGCUACAUUUUCCAUUCUGAAUUCCAUAAAAGUUUAUUCUAUAUCUCUUCUGGAUAAAAGGGAAUGCCACAUGAACUAUAUUCCAAACACUCAGGGCAAUUUGCAGAUUUCAGUGUAAGUGGCAGUUUUAGAUUUAAUUGCUCUGGUGGUAACUAAGAAAGGAAGCAAGGGGUUGGAACUUGCUUAUCACUUUUCAGUUGGAACAUGUUCCUGUGCUCAGAGCACACAUUCCUUUAAAGGGGCACUAGAGUCACCAAAACAACUUUAGCUCAAUGAAGCCGUUUUGGUGUACAACUGAUUCCCCUGCAGUUCCAUUGCUUUAUUCUCUACCAUUUAGGAGUUAAAUCACAGUUGUUUCUGUUUAUACAGCCCUGGCAACACCUCCCCUGACUGUGACUGACCCAUCCUGCAUUAAAACAAAAUUAUUUCGUUAUCAAUCCGCUGUUAACUUACUUUACAGGUUUUUGUCGUCUGCUGUCUAAAUGGAACUUUAAUUACAGACAGAAGGCUACAGGAGCAGGGACGAGCUAUUAACAGAGCAGGAGAUGAUAAAUUGUAAAUUAAAGAUAAUUUGCAAUAAAGGAACAUAUAAACAUUAGAUGACUCUACAAAAAGUGUUUAGGAAGGCUGUGUAAGGCACAUGUAGGAAGGUGUGACUAGGGCUGCCUAAAUAAAGUGAUUAAACUACUAAAUGGCAGAGAAUUGAGCAGUGAGACUACAGGGUCAAGAUCUAUACACCCAAACUGCUUCAUUAAGCUAAUGUUUUGGUGACUAUAGUGUCUCUUUGAUUAAAGCCAGAAAAGUACAUCUGUAGAUUAAAAUAUGAAUUUGUCUCUGCAGUAUUAUGGGCUAUGAGUUUUGAAAAACCCUGAAAUAUCUAUGUAGCUAUGUGUACUCCUCAGGUUCAGUGGAUCAGAUGAUCCAUAAAAACUGGAAAAACAUGGAACCUUUAGACUUAUUGAAUAGGCAUUGCACUACAGGACUACCGAGCAUUAUAGUGCAAAGUAAUGGGGACAGCACUAAUUUAACCCUUUCACUUCUAAGUUACAAACACAUUGUUUAUUACUGAAUGGUUUGAGUACCCUAUGAGAAGAAUUGGAAUGAAAGAGAAAGACAGUGUAACAAAGUCUGCUGGGUGACGACACGGGGAGAGGUGGAGUGAGUACUAGCACAGAGUGAGUUUCUGUUCUGGGGGGGAGGGGGGUGGAAAGAUAAAUAAAAACCUUAUUUUGUUUAUUUUUAUUUAGAAGGCCCUCUUAUCUAAUAAGUGAGGAGACACUAUAGUGUUAAGAAUACAUGUUUGUCUAAUAUGCGUUUGUGUACGUAAAUAAACCAGAUAUUAAUGGCUGUCGAGGUUGUUUCACCUUUUAAUGGUAAAGAAAUCAGUUUUAUUUACUUUAGCUGAGUCACUAGUAAUAAUGUGUACACGGAGCUAGUUUUCAUUUAUAGCAUAUCAAUGCACUCCUGUGGUAUGCAAUAAUGAGGUCACUUUAUAUUGCAUAACACAGUGUGCAGUCUAUACACUGCCGUGGAACGUGUGAUCCGGAAGGGAAGGGCAGACACUUACCAAGCCAUGACAUUAUGUCCCAAUAUUUCUAAAUGCAUUUAAUUCCUUUUAAACUGAAGUGAUCCCUUAUGAAAAAAAAUUAGGGUGUACAUUUUUAAACUCUACUUUAUUAUACUACUGUAAUAAUUGUGUGCCAAGUACUUAAAUGAGUAUUACUAUUGUUAUUCACUUCUAUAUAUGUUUCACCAUAUUCAUUUGCCUUUGACUAACAAUCUAUCUAGAAAGUUUCUGUUUUAUCCGAUGGUUGAGUAAUAACUAUGCCUCACAUGUUUCAAAUAAGCAUGGUGCUAACUUUUCUUACACAAAUUUUUUUUUUCCGUGAAUUUUGUGAAAGGGUGUGAUGUUAAUGGGUUUGCAAUUUGUUUCCUAAGGACCUUUCAGUUACCUAGAGGACGUCCCUUUCAAGAUCGGAGACAAGUACCGAGUGCCAGAUAAAGUUGGUUUGCCAGUAGGAUUCUGCGUGCCAGACAUUUCACAGAUUGUACAAGAUGUUCACGUGAGUGGCCAAUAUUACAAAUAAUUUCAAAGCUGUUUUUUAAAUAUGCGUUUUGUGCUUCCUGGCUGCAAACACCCUUAUUAGUGUAGCUUAUUAUUUCCCCAUGUUACCGUGAGUCUUUGGGUACUGUCCCCAUCAUAUAUAUAUUAUGCUUUAGUGUUUUUAUGAAAAUAACAAUUCAUACAUAUUCUACACCACAAAUCUUGUCCAUGUGUGGAAAGAAAAUGUUUUCCAGUCUAAAGGAGUUAUUUUAAAGGCACAUUAUCUAGAAGUAAGCAAAUAGAAUGGAACAUGUCAGGUGAGCCUGAGGUUUAUUCAGUAGAGGACAGAACAAUGAAUAUAUCAGUUGUGUGUUUUUAAGGAUCCAAAAUUAAAUAUAUAUGUCUGCACAUUCUUGAUAAUUGGAGUCCAUGUCCUGGAGUGUUUUCUUUGUAUACCAGUAAUACAAUGUAGGGCAUACAUUUCUGGAGCACUCUUUCCAACUUUGUGAGAUGCCUUUGGGUGCACAUAUGAAUACAGUAUUAUUUCAAGGACCACAUUAAUCCGUUUUGUAUUUUCUUUUAUAGUAUGAUUUCUCAUUGGAGAGAAAGACCAUCCAGUGGGCCGAGGAAAUUAAACAAAUAAAAGCUGCCCAGAAUAAGGCAGAGUUAGAAGCAGAGGCCGCAUGUUCUGAGGCAGAUGCUAACACACAGGUGGGAAACGGCAACGAAGGCACCAGUUUUCCUCCACGAUUCAACCCAGUUCUUGCCAGCUUACAGCACAAUAAUAUUUUAACUCCCACUCCUGCCAAUAGCAAUGCCAUGAACCUUAAAGUCAUGAGCCCACCUCAGGUCAACGCAGACUUCAACCCUGCUGACUUUGAGUGUGAAGAGGACCCGUUUGAUAAUUUAGAGUUAAAGACUCUUAAUGACAGAGAAGAAUUAAAGAACAUCCUUGGUAUUCAUGUUCGGCCUACAGAACCAGAAUCUAAUUCUAGCAUGAUUCAGGACUCUGGAUCAUCUACUAACAAUGAGGAUAUCCCUACUUCCACAAAACAAGAUGCCUUUGACUUCAAACAUCUGCGCAAGCCGAAUGGAUUUAUCACUUUGUCACAGUUACAAAACUGUGAAAUAAUGCCCCCGUCUUCCAAAGUGUCCCUUGCCCCCAUCACCUCAGUCAGCAAUAUCAAAUCCCUCUCAUUUCCCAAGCUGGACUCUGAUGAAGGAGAGCAGAAAAUUACAGUAUUUACAGGCACUUUUCACAGUUCACCUCUAUCCAAUGGCACUUUCUCCCGCUCUCAGCCCACCUCCAGUGAACUCAAUGGCCACUUUGUUCUGGGACAGUCCGUUCCCUUAGACAGCAUCACCGGUCAUAAUGCUGUCCAAGCAGGCGGUAUGGAAGUAGUAACCAGAACCUGCGUGCACAGUGAUACCAAGGUAAGUGCUGUUAUUUGUCAUGCACCUAACCUUGUUAUUUGAUAAUAGUCUAUAGCAAAACCCAAAAGUAACUUAUAUCAAUCCUCAUAGCUAGGAUCAGUUUGUGCUCGUAUGAUAAGCACUACAUGGGGUUGCUACCAGUACAUCCAUGAUUAGCAUUUCACUAGUUCACAGUCAGUAUCCCCAAAUCUAACACCAAUGAGGGACUCAAAAUGCAGUGUAUAACUUUCUUCAUAGUGGAACACAGGCACUGUUUGCAUCCCCAUAUUUAGCUGAGCUUGGUGCCAGUUUCAAUCGCCUGAGUUGAAUCUGGACUCAUUAAGUGGGUGGGCAAGGUUGGAUAAUGCAUGUGUUUGAUGCCAAGUUUAAUCUGUGGUUAUCACUCGAGACGUUAUAAAUGAAGAUUAGUCUAAAAUAAAACAACUAGAACCAUGUGUUCUGGAUCCUUGAAUUGGUCCAGUUGGGUCUGUUGCUCUGUGCCAAACAUUAGGUUUGUUUUUCUUUUUUAACAGGCACACUGUUGUGAUUGUAUUUGAAAUAUAAAUGAUUAAGGAAAAAAAAUUCAUUUUGUAAAUUUUGCUCCGUAAACCUUUUUCUUUUUUUUUUACCUCUUACGGAAUUCACUAUUUAUUUUAUUGUGCCAAUAUUUUCUCAUAGCCUUUAAAGCGCCACUGUCAUCGUCCUUGAAUUUCACUGAAAUUACAACCCAGUCAAAAAGUAUACUGAGUCAAAGUUGAGGGACUACUUUGUCUCUGUGUUUUCCGAUGCCUGGCACUUCUAGAAACUGGGCACAUCUACCGCAGCCUAGAAAUGUAAAUCCACCCAGCCGCAGGGAAGUGGCUCUGUCUAUGUAGGAUCCAUCGAUAUCGUGGGAUCCUCCAAAGAUCUCGCUGCUGUACUCUCUGGCAUCCAUGAGUUUACUACAGUGAUUUCAGCUCCUGGUGCUGAAGCAGCAAGAGUUAGAGAGCUCCAGCCGGAAGACGAUGGCCCAGAUGGUGACAGCGGCGCUUUAGAGAAGUUAAAACUUGUUCCUUGUUUUUACCUCCUGCACCAAGGAGCCGGAAGGCUUGCUGUCCCUGCUUUAACUGAUAAAAUUGACUGAGAUGAAUGAGACCGUGAAUCCCAAUAAGGUAUCAGAAAGCUGAUUCCUCUCUAAUAUUUCCUAUUGGAGCAAAGGUCUUAAGAUCUUCAGAUUUGUAUAUAAUACAGGAACAGGUUUUUAACCACAACAAGUUAAACCACAACAUCAUUGACAACCAGAAAAUGUGCUUUCUCAGAUUUUCACCUUUGUUACAUUAGUGAAAUGUUAACAGGGUUAGAAUUACAAGCAAAGUGGAAAUAAUCACUUCGACAUUUGUCCUAUACCUGGUAGGCUUCGGGCAUUGCAUAGAAUGCCAUAUUGUAUUCCUUUGGCGUUUACCUGGUAUAGAAAGACGCAAUCCUGUCUCUUCGCUUCCAAAAUAUUCCUGCUGUGUCCUAGCGUGAGUUUAAUGGAGGUGGCUGAUAAUAUGGUCCUAAAUCAUGGAGAUUAUUCUUACAAUACAUGCAUAGUAUAUGUACCUUUUCAAAUCAGAGCAAACCAAAAGACGUUUUCGCUUACAGCAGAGGAAGGAGUUCCUUACAGUAAGAACAAUAAAGAUAUGGAAACCUCUAUCUAUGGAGGUUGUCUUAUCAGAUUCUAUAGAUAUUUUUUAAAAUGCAAAAUUGUGGACCAAAGGAGAAAUCUGAUUAAAAUUAUGGAAUCCAGAAGGGUGUUUUAUUUCUUUUUGUGGCAUGAUUGGAAAUGGCAACAAUUUAGGGGGAGUUACCUUAUUUGAAUGUGUUUGAAAGGUUGAACGUGAUGGACUUUAGUCUCAUUUAUUUAUUUUCAAGCUAGGUUACUUUGUAACUAUGUAAACCAUAUUUGAACUCAUUUUUAAAGGAGCACUUUAUACAUCCUAGCCACUGCAGCUCUCUGUAGUAAUUAUUGUGUAAUACACAAAGGAUGCGUUGGUUUCCUAGAGUGACUCUUUACAGGAGUACCUUUUAAUGUUACUAAAUUCCAAUUCUCUUUUCUAGACAGCAGGUCAGCAGGUUGCAGUGUCCAAAGUGCCCCACAAUGUAACCUUUGUAAAGCAGCUCAGCGUGCCUUGCUAUGAGGACCUUCUGCAGGCUCUGUCAAGCAGUGAGAGGCAGUGUGCGGAAACCAUAGUCAGCAUGGGAUACUCAUACCAGCACGUCAUGAGAGCCAUGCAGAAACAAGGACAGAACGUGGAACAGGUACAGAUAUUAACCUGACCCUCAUGGUGUCUCGUCGUUCCUUCUUACUUUCUUGGGUUCACAUGAAGACAAAGCUUGACAUUGGUAACAGGAUACAUGUUCUGACUAAUCAUGAUUACGGUAAAGGGGAACCUUUACACACCUUUGUGUGUAUGUGUGUGUAAAAUAUACAUAAUUGUGAUACUGCUUCUCCACAGGGCAUCAGAUCCUUAGAAAGUAACACAGUCCUCUAGGGUAUUGAUUAACCAGAACCUUAUAGAGUCUCAAAGCCACUCCGAUCUGCAGUUAUCACAUUCCAUAUUCAAUGUGUGGUAGCAGGCACAAAGAAAAACAUCUGCUCAUCUGAGCACUUACCUAAGGUUAAACUAACACAAACUUCACCAACUUUAGUUAAUCUGCACAUUUGGACUUUUUUAAAUUUAUUUUUAAUCCUCUUUAUUGAGGUGUUAAACAUAAUUAUAACAAGUACAUGUACAAAGAAAAUACGCAAUAUAGCAUAGGUUUACCAGCAUACUGUUACACUUGUAAAAGACAAGACCAAUCACGAACCAUGAGAGGACAUAUCCUGAAAAAAAGAAAGAAUAAGUGAAUAGAUAAAGAGAAUAUUAUAGUUUUUGAAGAUAUUCCUACCACUUUUAGGCGUCAUUGCUUUUGACGAUGGCAGAAGGAUUUCUCCAUCCGGACUUGAUAUAAGACUUAAUUUUUUAGGUGUGACCAGUUUAUUGGGUUAGUUUAUUUCCAGUUUCUGGAUAUUAGAAUCUUUGUUGCAGCAAAAAAAAAAAAAAAAUUGAGUUUAGUAUGUAAUUUAAGCUAACUAAUAACCAUAAGGGUUUAAUUAAAUCACACACCCACCAAAUGUGCAAAACAUUUGGACUUCAGUCUUUGUUGCAAAUUAUUUAGCAUUCUGCUUCAAGCAAGUCUCUGCCCCCACUAAAUAACAAGUGACUGUUAAGCCUGUGUUAUGCCUUCAUUUUGCAUGACAUCUCGGUACAAACUGAAAAUCUGAAUGCUCUAAAUUUACUUUGUAGUUUCAGUACAGAUCCUGAGAAGCGCGUAUCCUUUCCACACUAAAAAUAACUGACAUCUCCAGUGAGGGCAGGCUGGAGGUGACAAACCCCCCUUUUAUGUUGAAUGGAUGCCCCUCCACACUGGCAUAUAUAACGGGUUAGGCUCUCUCCAGGUAUCAGAGUAUCUCUUUAUGUCAUGGCUGUAUUAGGAAUAACAGAUAAAAUACUGUAACCGGUAAAUAUGAAAUGUUAAACAACGUAGCUCCUCCAUAUCCAUUUAUCCUCUCACCGCAUACUUAAUUGGGAGGGAUGUUAAUAGGGCGAUACUGUUGACCGUGAUUAAACAUUUCCAUAGUCAAUAAGUAAAUCCUAUGUUAAUUUCUGUUUCUUUUUCAGAGAGUAAUUCUACUGUGGGUAAUACUAUUUUGUAUUGUGUGCUCUCACCAUAUUUUAUUUAUUUCCAUAGUCAGUUUUAUAAAUACAUUUGGCUUAUACACUAGUGAAUUGAAACCCAAAACGUUUGCUAAAAUAGCAACGCUGGUACUAUAAGUGUUUGAGAACCUUUUAAAAUAGUUUCAUCUUCUUGUUUUGGCCUAAAUUUUGCGAUUCACCCUUUAGUAAGUACAUGCUGCUGUGUAUCUCUCUCUCUCUUUUUUUUUUUUUUUUUUUUUUUCCUUAUUUAACUAAUUCUAAUAAGGAUUUGGCCAAAUACCUUUUUAAUGUUCCAACUUUUUUAUAUAUUUUAUUUUAUGUGAAGAGAUCGUUGUUUUCAUGGAAGGCUGUAUAAUCUUUUCCCAUGAUGCAGUGCUGGGAUGAAUUGAUGUCAUAUUGGGUAUAUGCAGUGUAUCUGUAUCAUGAUGCAAUGCGUUCCCUACUGAAACCAGCAGCCACUCCUGAGCUACUUAUUUUCCUAAAUAAAAUAACCAGGAAAAUAAUCUAAUGGAGAGUGCAAAGGAGGGCUGGAAGUAGCAUCCACUGAAUAAAGCAUGGACUGGACAGUGUAACCCAUUGAGUACUAGUGGCAUCCCCAAUGCAAUGUACUCAGAGAGUAAAUAAAAUGUAACUCUCCCUUCCAUGUGCAUCCCAUUAAUUAAACUAAACACUAGUGGUAUUUUUCCAUGUCCACUAUCUGAGAUAUAGGUUUAUCUUAAUUAAAUGUGACUGAAGCUGUUAUUGAACUUUGUAAACUGAAUUCCAGCAGAACCGGUUUGGUAAUUAUAGCUUGUUUUUACCGCUCCCUGUGAUUUUUUUUAUUUUAUUUUUUUUUUACAAUUUCCCUGGAGAUUUAAAUCACCCUGGACCAAUAAGUAAGAACAGAAACAUGCCAAAACCCACGAUGUUCCAGAAUUAAGUGGAUUGUGGUGUUAAACAUGAAGACCCAACCUGAAUGAUUGCAGCCAUGUAAUCCCAAGGGCUACAGAAAACUUUUUAUCGUGACAAACAUGAGUUCCCUCUGCCUUGCUCCAGUGCAAAACAUUGCUGUCUCUUUGCAUCCUUGACGUGUAUGUGAUAGGUGUGGGACCAACAAAGUGUAUUAAUAGUAUAUUAUUAGUGCAAGCUUUAGGUUACCUCCUUAAGCUUUGUACAGAAGUUAUUGAAACAGUUUUUGUAUAUAUUGUACUUAGAUUGUAUGGUUUGCUCACAUUGUUUAUGCAUUCUCAAGCAUCCUUUUUAUACAACUUCCCUAUACCUGAUCAUUUCUAAGAUGAAAAUAGAGCAUAGUAUUUAAAGGGACACUAUAGUCACCUGAACAACUUUAGCUUAAUGAAGCAGUUUUGAUGUAUAGAACAUGCCCCUGCAGCCUCACUACUCAAUCCUCUGCCAUUUAGGAGUUAAAUCCCUUUGUUUAUGAACCCUAGUCACACCUCCCUGCAUGUGACUUGCACAGCCUUCCAUAAACACUUCCUGUAAAGAGACAUAUUUAGGCUUUCUUUAUUGCAAGUUCUGUUUAAUUAAGAUUUUCUUAUCCCCUGCUAUGUUAAUAGCUUGCUAGACCCUGCAAGAGCCUCCUGUAUGUGAUUAAAGUUCAAUUUAGAGAUUGAGAUUCAAUUAUUUAAGGUAAAUUACAUCUGUUUGAAAGUGAAACCAGUUUUUUUUUCAUGCAGGCUCUGUCAAUCAUAGCCAGGGGAGGUGUGGCUAGGGCUGCAUCAACAGAAACAAAGUGAUUUAACUCCUUAAUGACAGUGAAUUGAGCACUGGAAUGAUCUAUACACUAAAACUGCUUUAUUUAGCUAAAGUAAUUUAGGUGACUAUAGUGUUCCUUUAAUGUUUCCGUGGCCUUCUGGAUUAUAGUAACUAAACAUGCUUUACAAACUACCAUUUUACAACUCUUUAUACAUGUAAAGUCAUGUAACCUCUUCUCUUUGGCUAUUUUUCUAUUCUGUAAGUGUUUUUUUUUAUUUUUUUAAAGGGACACUAUAGCCACCCAGACCACUUUAUCUUAUUGAAGCAGUAUGGGUGCACUGUCCUUGUCAACUUAGCCCUGCAAUGUAAAACAUUGAAACUGAGAAACUGCAAUGCUAACAUCCAAUGUUAAAACUGCCUUUAGUGGCUGUCUAGCAGACAGCCUCUAAAGGUGCUUCCUGCUGCUUCACAGAGUUUGACUCGGUAAAACGACGCUGGUCAUCCUCAUACUUUGCAUAAAAACAUAUUCUAAAUCUCCAUAGGAAGGCAUUGAGUCAAUGCUUUUAUAUGGGAAGACCUAAUGCUCACUUGCCCCUAAUGCCCAUUAGGUUCCCUCCAUCGGUUGACUGAGGAGAAGGAGCUUGACCCAGCGCCGAUGGACCUCGUUGUUUAAAGGAUUAAUUUUAAACUUUCAUGACUGGGUGGGGGCGUCGCGGAGGAAGAGGGUCAGUUUAGUAUUAGGUUUGUUUAUUAUUCUUACCUCUGAUCUUUAUUUCUUUUUCUUUUUUUCUUUUUUUCUUUUUUUUUUAAUGCUUACAUUUCUGCAACCCGCCUCAAAUCUUCGCAGCGCAAAAUUCCAUGUGGUCUGGGUGCACAGUCUCUGUUCUGCAAUGUAAUUGCAGUGAUAAGAUUGCCUGACAACCAUUAGAGGCACUUUCUGAAGUUUCACAGAUUUUGACUCUGCGAAACUAUGCUGGACGUCGGCACACUCUGCAUGUGGACAUGCAGUGUCAAGGAAAACCCCAUGUAGGGAAGGUUUAAUGCACAUAUGGCAUUAGGUCCCUCACAUCAGCUGACAUUGGAGGAGAUGGAGCAUGACCCAACACUGAGGGACACUGGCACUGGAAUCGGUUAACCGAUUAACCAGUUAUUUAACCCUUUACAAUGCUUGGGGGAGAAGGGGUCGUGGGGCAGAAGGACACAGUGUUAGGAAUACACUUUUGUAUUCCUAAAACUAAAGUGUUCCUUUAAAAUUAUAGUUGAAUAGCCUUCUAUGUAUCCAUUUGUUUCCAGUUUGGUCAACACAAUGUAUACUAGAUUUUCUGGUUGCAGAGUAACAGGAGUUAUCCAUAUUUAUGGUACCUUGGGAUUGGACAUUACCUUGCAUUACAAUAACAUAUGUUAUGCCUGUUUGUUUUUAUUGUACAGGUGCUGGAGUACUUGUUUAUACAUGCCCAGUUAUGCGAGAAAGGAUUUGAUCCUCUCCUUGUGGAGGAAGCCCUCGAAAUGUACCAGUGCUCAGAAGAGAAGGUGAGUUUACGAACAUAUAUCAUUUACGCUUUCUAAGUUUAUCACGAGUUCCUUCAUGACCUGCUCGUUGGAUCAGUGCUUUACUACUGGUUCACUCACUGAGCGAUCUGGCAUCAUUGUGAAUAAGGGCAUAUGAACAUGCUUGCUCAUUGGUGUGUAGGUAAUGGGGAGUGGUGCACUAUAGGGGAAUAUAGUGUCAGGCUAUGUUCUGAGGAGUCUAUAUUAUCACAUUGUCUGCUACUAUGCAUUGCAGAUGCCACACAGAUGUCAUCACUCAAAUUACACAGAUGGGUGUUAAUUAUUUUUUUGUUUUUUUCACAGACCAUUGAAUUUCUUAAGCUGAUGAGUAAAUUCAAAGAAAUGGGAUUUGAACAAAAAGACAUUAAAGAAGUUCUAUUAUUACACAAUAAUGACCAGGACAAGGCUCUGGAAGAUCUCAUGGCUCGGGCAGGAGCCAGCUGA